GAAGCCGGAAGCCGGAAGCCGAGGCCCGGGCUGCGCGUGGCGGUGAUGGCGGCCAGCGGGGCCGUGGAGACCGCGCCCCCGGGGGCUACCACCGCCCCCUCGCCCGACCCGGCCCCGUCGCUCGCCCCGGGACACUUGUUCCGGCCCAUCAGCGCCGAGGACGAGGAGCAGCAACCCACCGAGAUCGAGUCCCUGUGCAUGAACUGUUACAGCAACGGCAUAACGCGCCUCCUGCUCACCAAGAUCCCCUUCUUCAGAGAAAUAAUAGUGAGCUCCUUUUCCUGUGAGCACUGUGGCUGGAACAAUACGGAGAUCCAGUCGGCAGGCAGGAUCCAGGACCAGGGAGUGCGUUACACUUUGACUGUCAGGGACCAGGAGGACAUGAACAGAGAAGUAGUGAAGACUGACUCUGCCACCACAAGGAUCCCUGAGCUGGAUUUUGAAAUUCCUGCCUUUAGCCAGAAGGGAGCUCUGACCACUGUUGAAGGAUUGAUCAACCGUGCUAUCUUUGGCCUGGAGCAGGACCAGCCCACACGAAGGGCAAACAAAGAUGCCACAGCUGAAAGAAUUGAUGAGUUCAUUGUCAAACUGAAGGAGCUAAAGCAAGUGGUCACCCCUUUUACUCUGAUUAUUGAUGAUCCUGCAGGGAACAGCUUUGUGGAAAACCCCCAUGCUCCCCAGAAAGAUGAUGCCUUGGUGAUCACACACUAUAACCGGACCCUACUGCAAGAAGAGAUGCUAGGACUCCAAGCAGAAGCACCAGCAGAGAACCCACAAGAGGAAGAUCUCAGAAAUGAAGUGCUGCAAUUCAACACAAACUGCCCAGAAUGCAAUGCCCCAGCUCAGACCAACAUGAAGCUAGUACAAAUCCCUCACUUUAAGGAAGUUAUCAUCAUGGCUACCAACUGCGAGAACUGCGGGCAUCGGACCAAUGAGGUGAAAUCUGGAGGAGCAGUAGAGCCCUUGGGCACCAGGAUCACUCUCCACAUCACGGAUCCCUCAGAUAUGACCAGAGACCUCCUCAAGUCUGAGACGUGUAGUGUGGAAAUUCCGGAGCUAGAAUUUGAACUGGGCAUGGCUGUCCUCGGGGGCAAGUUCACCACACUGGAGGGGCUGCUGAAAGACAUCCGGGAACUGGUGACCAAGAACCCUUUCACACUGGGCGACAGUUCCAAUCCAGGCCAGACGGAGAAACUGCAGGAGUUUAGCCAGAAGUUGGACCAGAUCAUUGACGGUAACAUGAAGGCCCACUUUAUUAUGGAUGAUCCAGCAGGAAACAGUUACUUGCAGAAUGUGUAUGCACCCGAAGAUGAUCCUGAGAUGAAGGUGGAGCCUUACAAGCGCACCUUUGAUCAAAACGAGGAGCUAGGGCUCAAUGACAUGAAGACAGAAGGCUAUGAGGCUGAACUGGCUCCACAGCGGUAGCAGUGGAUGGGUCACUCAUGGGCCAGUCUCCAGUGCUGCUAAUACUGCAGGGUUAUUUAUUACUAUUGGAAUAAGGCUGGGAGUGUCCUCCCCACCAGCCCUUGCUCAUGGUGAGGACACCUGGUCUGAGUCAGAGACCUACGCACACUUUCUUAACAGCUGGUGAUGCAAGUACAAGCCUAUUGUGUUACUUGACCUUAUUUUAGAGGUUUUGAAUCGCCCUGGGAAGAAACCCGGAAAUGGACCAUGGGGCAUGUCAUUAUCACUUUUUUCCUAUCAAGUCUUUACCCUCCCUCCACAUAAUGCUGUGUCCUCUAAGGUUGUAACUCUGAAGUUGGACAAGGUAGAAUAAAGUUACAGCUGGAGUUUGGGAGUUGGUUUUGGGUUUGGAAAAUACUGAUUUUCAACAGGAGUCUCCUGAGGGGAGAGAGUCCAGCACAAGUGAAGGAGUCAUUAAAAUGAUGGCUUUCAAACAGCA